AUGGUAACCCGAGGCCUAUGGAACCUUCGCGUCGAUGGGAAAUGGUACCGUUCAUUUCACCCACCGCGAGGGCGCAUUGCUUCUCCAGACACACCCGCCACUUUAGACCGAAUCAGGAAGAUUCUUUCUGAGACUAAUCUUGCUGCGUGGGAGUGUGUACCUUUCCCCAGUCCUCUCCACAUCGACCUAGACUACGUGUACAACAUCGAUAAAGAUCUGGGCCUCUUGACGGUUGUCCAAUGGACGGGGGAUGAAGGGGUCCUGUCGCGCAUGCGUCGAGAGGCAACCCUGACUCGACUGGCGAAUCCGUCACUACAUACAAUUGAAGCGGCUCUUGAGGUUGUAGGGGAUGAGUUCGAUCAGGAGAACGACGAAGCCAGCCCACCGACGUCCGAAACGUUAACAAUCAACAUGAGGAACCCCACGCCCUUAAACGAGCUUCAGCUUCUCUUCCUAACCGAUUUUAUCUUCCUGUGGAAAUUCUAUCUGGACGAUAUGUCAUCCUGGAGAAAUACCUCUCUGCUAUUCCGUACCCUAGCCAUCGGCAUUCUGCGUAUCGCAGCCUGGGAUUUCGAAGUGCGGAUUGACACCGACACCACCGACAUCCCACUUACUUUCUCCUCCGUUCCGAGCUGGAAGGCUCCCUCCACGGAUAUAUUCUGGUUUCAUGGCUUCCUUAUCACUCUACACGGUACGACUGAUGAGGUUGGGGAGGCCAUCUCAAAGGCGCAAGCUUUUUUGAAUGAAACCCCACGCAGGGGACAGGUGACUCAGGUGAUCCUCAUGUCCCUGAGCCAUAUAAGGCUCGUUGAGAUAUCCUCGGAAUGUGUGCGAUGCUCCUCGGCUAUACCUAUUAUUGUCAAUACGUCGGCCAUGUAUCCGUCACCUGGAUGUCGAGUCCUAUCCUCCGUUUUGUCUUCAUAUGCUUGGAAGGAUUUCAGCUCUCAUGGAGAAUCAUGGCGCGUCAACCUACCCAGUGAGAUCUUCGAUAUGGUUCUCGAGACCGUGUUGCCGAGAGAUCUGGUAACGUUCGCUCAAGCAUCUUUGGAGGUGGAAAAAUGGUAUUACUCGUCAGUACCGCAGCUUGAUGGCCUGGCAGUGCGUGGCUUCAAUCUAUCGAUCCCGUGCUGUGGCAAAAGGGACCGACCUGAUACAGAAGGCAUUUCUUGCUCGACUUGCUAUACUUGGUACCAUGCAAUGUGUGUUGGGCUAGGCCCUGAGGCGUGUAGUCGUACGUAUGUCUGUUCUGAUUGCGAACAGCAUAGGAGAUGCGACAUGAUGGAGAUGGGAGGAAUAUACGACGUUUAUCGAAAACACCGUUCCAGACCAUCUUGCAAGGUCACCAUUGAUGGUCUCGACAAGACGCUUCAAUUGCGCACAUCUAAGCCUGCACGGCGUCGACCAGAAUUAUGGCUCUAUGGACGUGACUCUGUUCCAGCCGGGGAAAUAAAAUACAGCGUUUUCUUUGGUGGCAUGUUCUCCGGAUUAGCAUAUGGUUUUGAGGGGGAGUAA